UGCUUUCUGGGUUAAUUUUGUUGAACAUGGCGUAAACGUGAUCUUUAUCGUCCUGGGAUUCUCUGGGAUUUAAAGUCAGUUGCUCCUUGUUGCUCCAAAGAAGAUAUAAAUUACAUAAUCUUAAUUUAACAAAUAAUAGCCAUAUUCUCACAAUAUGGGAGGUCAUGAUGCACACCAUGAACCACCAUAUAAAAUACCUAAUCCUGACAUUUAUAAGAUAGAAGAUGUACCACAACUGAAACGCGUCCAAGAAGAGCUAGCCAAGAGAGGAUUAAGGGAUCCCUGGUUGAGAAAUCAUGUAUGGCGCUACAAGAAGAGCAACACACCUUUUAUGCGCGGCUUAAUAACUUUAACCAGGGGCUGGCGAAUUGGUGUACCAGCGUUUCUGAUAACCAUAGCCGUUGAACAAUACUUUGGGAUUGACUAUUCGGGUCACGGGCAUCACGGAGACAGUCACCAUGGGGAAGAUGGUCAUCAUUAAUGCUCGCUUUAGAUAUGAACAUGGGCAUAAGGAAGUACGAAAUAGUAGAUUGUAAAAAGGUAUCCAAGUAAGCUAUAAAAAUAAAUUAUAAAAAUAAUAACUACAA